AUGGAAAUCACGGCAAAUUCCACGACAGACAUUGCAAUCAACGUCAAGCACGAAUCAACAGCGCCGCGCCACAACAUUCAGUCCUAUGGCUACAUCACUAUACCCGUUUUCCCCCCGUUUGACGUUCACCUUGACUCUCAUGCUGGUCCACGUUGGACCAAAAGGGUUACUCACUUUGAACGCUUAAUUGUUGGCAUGAAUAUAACCGAUGCUACCCAGAAACGAGCGUUGUUAUUACACUACGCUGGCCCAGAUGUCGACAAUAUUUUUGAAACACUACCCGGCACGGGUGGAGACAAAGAUUAUAAAAAAGCCGUGGAAUGUUUAAACACGUAUUUCAUUCCGAAAGUCAACAUGGUCUACGAGGAAUAUCAAUUUCGUCAGGCGAAACAGCGCUCGAAUGAAAACCUAGCUUCGUACCAUACCCGGCUUAGACAGCUUGCCAAACACUGCGGUUUUGCUGACGUUGACAAAGAAAUUCGCACACAAAUUGUCUUCAGCUGUACCUCUCACAAGCUUAGACUACGUGCCCUUCGCGAGGACCUCAGUCUUACAGCCCUUCUCGAAGCCGGUCGUGUAGCUGAGAUCACUGAUCGACAAGCCAGAGACAUUCAACCUACCAGUACUGACCAAAGCGUCAAUGCCCUUCCCCCACGUAGCAAACCAUAUCCUGUCCACCCGGACCAGCAUGCUCCGCCCCACACUCCCAACAAUCAACGAACACACACUCAUUCUCCCUGUCGAAAUUGCGGCGGACCGUUUCCUCAUGGUAUUUCCUGCCCUGCCAACGGGAAAACGUGUCGUUCUUGUGGCAAAAAUGGACAUUUUGCCAAAGUUUGUCCCUCCAGAUCCCAGCAGCGCCUUCGUUUUGUCCAACAAAUACUGAUGAUUCUGAGCAAGACCCUGCCUAUACUUUUGUUAUCCACUCCGAGCAGACUGUCCUCACCGCCUCCUCGCCAUCCAGUGCGCCCCUCCGCCCCGGCUCCAUCUUGCAUCGUUAACAUUGGUGGCCAGCCCAUCUUUGUACUUGUCGAUUCUGGUGCUUCUGCAAACCUGCUUGAUGAAGCGACCUAA